CAUCACGGGAACAGCUGCAGACCAUUGCGGAUACCGGACUCACGAUGAAGGCCAUCAUUCUCCUCGCCGCCCUCGCGGUCGCCAACGCUGGAUAUGUUGGCCACGCUGGAUACGGCCAUGGAUACGGCCAUGGCUACGGUCACGCUGUCGUCGCCAAGGUUGCCGAAGUUGGCAGUUCUUCCCAGCACAGGUCUCAAGAUCUUGCCGGCAACUACAACUUCGGCUACAAGGAAGGCCACACCAGCGGCGGCUCCUUCCGCCAGGAGGCCGGCGACGCUUGGGGCAACAAGGUCGGCUCCUACGGUCUGACCGACGCCGAUGGUCGCGUCCGUGUUGUUAAGUACGUCGCCGAUGGCCACGGCUUCCGCGCCCACAUCUCUACCAACGAGCCCGGAACCGCUGCGUCCCAUCCCGCUGCCGCUGCCUACAACGCCCGCCAUGCCGUCCAUGCCGCUGGGUAUGGAGUCGCCGCUCCCGUAGCUAAAGUAGCCGUUGCUUCCGCUGUUCCAGUAGCUUCCUACGCCCACGCUCCCUAUGGAUAUGGAGGCUACGGGGGUCAUGGUGGUUAUGGAGGCUACGGUGGCUACGGAGCUUAUGGAGGCUACGGACAUGGCUACGGACACGGAUACGGAGGAUACGGCUAUGGCCACGGGAUCUACCAUGGGGGUCAUGGAGGCUACGGCCACUUUGGUUACAAUGGUUAAACGUCCCCGUAGUUUGUAUAGAGUGCUGUAGCUUCACAAGAACUGUCCUAAACUGAGACCUUGCGCGCCCACAUGCCCCUUCCUUCUUAGUGCUUUGUUUGUCGUCCCUCUUCGUGCGUCGUCCAGCCAAAUGCCGUGAUUGCUUCUUCUGUGUAUGUGCUCGCCGCGACGCAGGUGGCUCGUUCUGCUAUCCUCGAUAUGAGUGUGAUUUUUCGUCCGCCCCUCUGUCUCCGUUUCAUUCGCUUUUUGUGCUGCUUUUAAUUUAUUUCCCCUCUUCGUGUUUCUUCCGCAGCCUUUUGUCCAGGUGUCCCAGUAAAAAAAAAAAAGAAAAAAGCUACUUGAGCGUUCCUUGUUCAAUAAAUGUCUCUUUCGUUGAAUGAAAAA